CAGGAAUGUUGGUGUGUUUUCAGAAAAAGUUUGGACAAGUUUGACAGUUUGGGAGCGGAGACGUAAACCGCGGGGGAAACAUGUCGGUGUUUUACUUGUUGCUCAUGUUGCUGUAGAGUCCUCAGUCUCCACUGACUGACUGACCUCGACCCGACACACACACCAACACACACGCACAGGUAGACAUGGAGAGUGGACCUCUGGGAAUGGACACCAACAUCGCUCCAGGUCCCCGAGUGCAGUCAAACUGCAGCUUAGCCUUCCUGCGGCGCCAGGCCUGGGCCCAGAGCAAAGACUCCACCUGGCAGGAAUCCGAGAGCGGUGGCCCCGAGGGGCCGCAGAAGAGCCGGGGGGACGGGGAAGCACAAAGACCCUCCGAAGAACCAGGGGGAGAUCCGAACAACAUCACCAGCUGGCUGAUUGAAUGCAGGACUCCCCUCGGGGCCUCUCUCGAUGACCAGAGUGCUUCACCCAGCAGAGGAGCGCUGAAGAACGGCUGCAGCUUUGAAGAUGACCUUUCACUGGGAGCUGAAGCCAACCAUCUUCAGUCCAGUGGCAGCAAAGCGAAAACCUGCUUUGGACUUGUGGCGGAUCAGAAGAGGAGUCAGUAUAAAGAGAGAGGAAGAAGUAUGAACUCCACAGGAUCGGGGAAGAGCAGCACCGUGUCCAGUGUGUCAGAGCUGCUGGACCUGUACGAGGAGGACCCCGAGGAAAUCCUCCUAAAUCUCGGUUUCGGGCGAGAAGAACCGGACCUGGCCUCAAAGAUUCCCUCCAGGUUCUUCAGCAACUUCUCCACGGCGAGAGGCAUCGACAUCAAGGUCUACCUGGGAGCUCAGCUGCAGCGCAUGGAGCUGGAGAACCCCAACUACGCUCUGACUAGUCGUUUCCGUCAGAUCGAAGUCUUGACGACAGUCGCUAACGAGUUCUUCAACCUCUACAGUCAAGUUUCUGGUCAGCCUGUCCAAUGCAUCAGCUCCAAGGACUCAGCGGGAGAAGCCGAGUCAUCGCCUCCUGCUCCCCGGAAGAGGAGAAGUGUUCCCAAGCUGCUCGAGAAAAUGACGAAAUACAACCUGUUCGCGGCCGCCUCCGAGUCCCUCGAAGAACACGCCCCUAAACCGCAAACGCAGACGAACGGACACGCCGCCGCCGAUCAAACCAACACCAACGGUCACACGCACGCCGCUCCUGAGCAGCAGGAAGGCGGCAGUACCGAGACCGACCACCAGGCGGAGACGGUCAACCAGAACCACGUGCGCAAGAAAGACGGCGGUCACCUGGCGACGGUCGCAGAGGAAACCAACGGGGACGGAGAGGAAAGUCCUGAACAGAGCAGAACCGGACCGGCGCCCAGUGGACGGCGUCACCCGGAGUCCGCUGACUCUCCGUCGCCCGAUGGGAGAACGGAGGAAGGAACCCAGGUGGUGGAGGAGAAGAUCCUGACCUCUACCCCAGAGAAAGCUCCUCCCACCCUGGCACCGCUCCAGCUGGCACAGCUUCGCACGGAGAAGACGGAUUCUUUCGACAUGGAGGAGAUUCAGAGUAACGAAGAUGAGGCUUUGCCUCUCAGGACUUCCAGAGGCAGCAACCUGUUGAGGACUGCCAGUCAGCAGUCAGACAGCAGUGGUUUUGCUGAGGAGCCCUCCGCUGACUCCAACAGCUACCUCAAGGUGCAGGAGAGCAGUGACAGCUGUGACAGCGAGACCACUGUGACGUCACACCCUUCGCUCGAUGUGGCCACGCCCCUCGCAAUGGAUCAGCCGGCGUUCGAGCUGCCGGACGGCCGACGGGAAGAGGCGGAGCCUGGCGUCGCCGCCGAGGCCGACGGGAGAAGCAGCUCCGGGGGAGAAGAGGGGCACGAUGGGAGUUUGCAGUCCGCAGACCGCCGCGGACCGAAGGGAACGCAGCGGGGCGGGCCCGGGGCGGAGGAGCAGCUCGAGGGGGGACGCCGGACCGAUCCAGAACCAGAGACGUCCCAGAGCGCGUCUCCGGUAGAACGAGAACCACGAUCGGAAUUGGUAAGCGCUCCGAAUCGGACCGCUUCGUCACAAGAACCAGAAGACGAGAAACCCCCCUCGGAGGCGGCCGCUGACGACGGAGCCCACGAAGGGAACCCGUUGUCGUCCGACGGGUCGAUGUGUCCCCCGUCUCCGGUUCUCAGCGCUCUGAACCGAGCCAAACAGAAGGAGCUGACCUGGGGGGAGCAGUGGGCCGGCCCCAAGGCGGUCGACCCGCCCCAAACCCUCGGAGGACGACACAGAAGACGCGGCGUUCCCCUCCAGAGGUCCUGCUCCCUGCCCUCCGCGUUCCGAUCGCCCUCCGCGUUCCGAUCGCCCUCCGCGGUCGUGUCCUCGGUCAGGAUCCAGUUCGGUCGAGGCCAGGUGUCCUGCACGAAGCCCAGGUACUCCUACAAAUACACCUGUGACAGCGAAGUGGAAGAUAAAGAAGAAGAAGAAGAAGAGGAGGAGGUGGAGGAGGAGGAGGAGGAGGAAGGACAAAACAAGUGUUUGUCUACUCUGAUCAUAAACCCCGCCCCCUCGUCGGACUACAACAGCCAACCCCCCAGAGAGACUCCCAUCCCACCUAAACCCAUCCCGCACUACUUGAUGCGGUCCACCUGCUCCCUGCAGAGCUGCAGCCCCCCCCCCGCCCACCAACACCCCUGGAGCUCCCAGAGCGUUCCCGAUCUCUCCUCCAAUCGGCAUCCGGCGGGCAAGUUCCACCAGAAGGCCGACCAAAACCAGCGGCUUUGGAAUCCGGCGCAGACGAUGUUCCCGUAUCCGAACCCGACCCCUCCGUAUGCAAACCAGAGCCCCAACCACAGCCCCUACCCCUUCUGCCUGAACCCGGCCCCGCAGUACCCGUACCCUCUGCACCCGUACGCCGGUCUCCCCAACCACCUGCACCACCACAACUCGGUCCACCACUCUAGUCUCGCCGCGGGCCCUCAGCACGGCAGCCUCUCCGACUUGCAUCGGCCAUCGACGUCCGCGCCUCCUCAGCACUUCCACCCGGGCCACUCGCAUCCGGGAACCCCGGAGACGCACCAGCAGGCGUACGGUCACCCGUCCCCGUACCACGCCUCUCCUCACGGCUCGCAGUUCGCGUCGCCCUACCACGCGUACAGCGUGAGUCCACACCUGGCGUUCCCCUACCCCGUCACCCAGUGUCCGCCGAUGGGCCCAGAGCACGGCCGCCACCACCCGGGGUUCACGCCUCCUGCUCCGGGCUUCUUCCCAGGCUACAGUCCGGGUCACGGCCUCCACCCGGGGUUCACGCCUCCAGCUCCGGGCUUCUUCUACCCAGGCGCGGCGUCGACCCUCGGGCCGGGUCACGGCCACCACCCGGGGUUCACCCCUCCAGCUCCGGGCUUCUUCCCAGGCCACGUUCUGGAUCACGGCCUCCAGCCCGGGCCGGCUCCUCAUGCCGCUCCAGGUCCUGGACUCAGCCAGGGCCAAUCCAGCACUGAGAUGCAGCUGAGGAGAGCUCUGCAUGAGAUCAAAGGAACGGUUCAGAAUCUGAUCCAGAAACAAGCCGACACUCCUGACGCAUUCAGCGAGCACAGAGCCGCUCUGCUCGACCAACAGUCUUUGGCAGAGUUUUACCAGAAGAGGCAAAGUCUGAACUUGUUCCGCAGUCAGAUGACGGAUCUGGAGAAGUCGAUCGGCCGACAGCAGUCGGUGGUCUACAAGCACCUGAGCCCCGCUGACCGGAUGGAGCUGGAGCAGCUUCAGUCUCUGAGGUCCGCGGUCAGAGAGGAGCUGCAGGAGCUGGAACAACAACUGGAGGACCGACUGAUGGAGCUGACGCAACACACACUACACAGGGGUCUCCAUAGCGACGGCAGUUUCGACAUUCUGUCUUCCACCUCAGCGCUGAGAGCCAUGGAGCCGGUGUCCGACCUCCUCAGAGAGCAGCUCCUCCUCCAAUCAGAGCUCAGCUACGGCAGCCGCACCCCCUCCACCGGCCCGUCCUCCAGAACCUCCACCCCGGUCCCGGGAGCGGAUGGCGCCGUGUACCGGGCGUCGAUUAACAUCAACCCCGUCCCCGCUCCUCGACCCAACACACACACGGAGGAAGAGGAGAGGGAGGAGGGAGGAGUGAUAGAGGAGGGAGGAGUGAUAGAGGAGGGAGGAGUGAUAGAGGAGGGAGGAGCACAAGAGGAGGGAGGAGCACAAGAGGAGGGAGGAGCAGCAGGAGGAAUCCAAGUGAGGGACCUGCAGCAGCUCCUCAGAGAGAUCCGAGAGAGCGUGGCGCAGGAGGUCCGACAGGAGAUCUACGCCGAGCUGCUGGCCGCCGUGUCGCCGCGCCACACGCCGCUGCCCGGCAGGCAACGCCCCCUUUAGUCGCGGCCGACUCCUUCGCUUCCUGCCGGUCGUAACCACGGCAACACUGUCUGUCUGUAACACUGUGUCUACAACCGAGUAACAAACACUGUCUGUGCGAACACUAAGUGUCUAACACUGUACGUCCGCCACGCUGGGGGGCCGGCGUGGGGCGAGCCCCGCCCCCAACGCACCUGUGCGGGGCCUCGGGCGGGACCGGUUCGCUUGUUGCAGGUGUGAUGCAUGCUGGGAACACCGGCUGUCCCUGUGAACCAUCAGUGGGGGGGGGGGUGUCAUCGUCACUUCCUGUUUCCUGUUUCUAAGCUGUUCUGAUCAAAGCGAGGCCUCAAACUACCACUUCACUAAAACUACAAGUACUCGUCCCAAUCCUGUGAAUCCCAGUCUGACAUCAGAUCAGUGCGUAUUGAUCAUAGUGGUAAUAACAAUAAUAAUAAUGAUGAUAAUAAUAAAUCAGUGGCUUGUUAUAUAUUCAUUAAUUUGGCAGAGUUGAAGCUUUUAAAGCGACUUCCGGGGAAUGGACUUCCUUUCUGAAUGCUGUAAAGGCCUCAUUAAGGAUGUUUAAAUGUGAGCUCUCUGGCCUGGUUUGCAUUCCAUGAACUCCAGGGAGCUUUUACUGCCUGAAGUUAUUCCCUCCAUGCACAUGUCACCUUCACGUGAACGGGUUGAAGAGCUUUUAAAGAUACUCGGUUUAAGGUGUAUGCUUCUGCAGCUGUCCACACGCCAUCAUCUUCAUCUUCAUCGUGCUUCUGCUCCGCUUGCCUCAUUCACCGUUGAAUCUGCACUUUCCAUUUUCUUUCUGAUUCGUUGAGUUAAGUGUGUGUGUGUGUGUGUGUGUGUGUGUGUGUGUGUGUGUGUGUGUGUGUGUGUGUGUGUGUGUGUGUGUGUGUGUGUGUGUGUGUGUGUGUGUGUGUGUGUGUGUGUGUGUGUGUGUGUGUGUGUGUGUGUGUGUGUGUGUGUGGAGGUCAGUUAUGUCAUUAGGUACUGCGGGGGUCAACGGUCACUCUGCAGCAGCAGGUUUCAUUAAGUCGUCAUGGCUACAGUGAUGAUGACGCAGUGCCAGGUCAGCAGAAUAUGUAUCGGUGGAGCAGGCUAAGUAUCCCAAACCGUCGCUUCACGACUGUCCGAUGACAAAUCUGUGCAAUAAUAUGAACGUAUAUAUUGAUUCCUGAUCGAUCAGCGACUCUCCGCCGCAGCUCGGUUGACGCAAAUUAAUCUGCGGACGUUUCCUGCUUUUUGCACAGAAUCCACAGAAGCGAUCGAACAACGACUUUCUAACGACCGUUUACUGAACAUCUGGUUCUCGGAGCUCUCCUGUGCGUGGAGUCUGCGCGGCGCCUCGCCGGUUUUGUGAAAAUCUCUGGAGUAGCCGAGGCGACCGCCGCACAGUCGGUUUAAAACCAACGCGCCCCUGAAUACCUCCUCGUCUUUCUUUAAAAAAAAUCUUCUCUGAAAGACAAAAAACCGGUUCUGCACAGACUCGCAUUAGUAUUUAAAUUAAAUACUGAGAGCUGAAUUAUUGGGAAACAAGUUAUUGAUUGUGUUUGUCGUUCGGUUUGGAUGUUUGGAACAAUAUAUGGUGAAGAGAUUCUGAGCUCGAAGGUAAUGAGUCUGAGCUUUCAGGCACAUCUCAGUCUUUAUUCAACGCUAAAUCAUUAUUAACUGGACCGUAGAACCUUUAUUCUCAUCAGCGUUUAUUGACUUUGUGUUUGUUUCAAACUUUUCUUUGUUUUUAUGAUCACAAACUUUUGCUCUGCUGGACCAACAUUCACUGUGUAAUGUGUUUUUAGAAUUUUUUUGAACUGAACAAGAAAAUCCUUCCCACUAAUUUGACUUCUCUGUCUGACUAUUGGUGGCUAAUACUUUCUAUCGAUGUGUAUUAAUGACGAUGUGUACUUUGUAUUGAUGUCUUCUCAGCGGGAUGCAGGGGAGAUCACUCUGUAGAAAUGACAAUAAUAAAGAUGUAUUUAUUUUCAGUACA